AUGUCAGUCACAGAAUUUCCACCUCUACUCAGUGAAGAUGAAUGUCAAAAAUACAAAGUACCCUUGAAAUGGAGAGAUAGAUGUGCUGCUUACUUUGCAUUAUUCCAAACUUGUUUAAUAAGACAAUCUGCAAACUCGUCAAUAAGUUGUAAACAUGAUAAACAUGCAUGGGAAGAAUGUGAGAAUUUAGAUUUGAUAAGAAGGAAGCAAUUAUUACAAGAAGCUAAAUCGAGUUGA